GCUGCUCGCACCGCCUCCUCCGCGCAUGUCAAACGACACGUGCAUCGGCUGCUGGUCUUGGUACCGAGCGUUGUGUUGCCUGUUAACUGCUUAAUUUGUCGACAAUUACAGUUUCAUAAACUUGUGUGGAGGGUCACAUAUCAGUUGUAAAUGGGAGGUCUUCAAAAGAAAAAGUUUGAGAGGGGCUCUGCCACCAACUACAUCACCAGAAACAAAGCUCGCAAAAAGUUGCAGCUGAGCCUCCCAGAUUUCAGGCGAUUGUGCAUCCUUAAAGGCAUCUACCCUCAUGAGCCCAAGCACAAGAAGAAGGUGAACAAGGGCUCUACAGCCGCGAGGACCUUCUACCUGCUCAAAGACAUCCGCUUUCUGCUGCAUGAGCCAAUCGUUGGCAAGUUCAGAGACUACAAGGUUUUUGUACGCAAACUUAAGAGGGCUUAUGGAAAAACAGAAUGGUCUGCAGUGGAGAGACUGAAGGAGAACAAGCCGACCUAUAAAUUGGACCACAUCAUCAAAGAAAGGUACCCCACCUUCAUUGAUGCUCUCCGUGAUAUCGACGAUGCCCUCUGCAUGUGCUUCCUCUUCUCCACAUUCGCACGAACAGGAAAAUGCCAUGUUCAGACAAUCCAGCUAUGCAGACGCCUCACUGUGGAGUGGAUGAACUUUGUGAUUGCAUCUCGUGCUCUCAAAAAGGUUUUCAUCUCCAUCAAGGGAAUAUAUUACCAAGCUGAGGUGAUGGGACAGCUCAUUACAUGGCUGGUGCCAUAUCAGUUCUCCCAUGAUCACCCAACAGAUGUUGACUACAGAGUAAUGGCAACUUUCACAGAGAUGUACACCACUCUCCUGGGGUUCAUCAACUUCAGACUCUACCAUUCCCUCAACCUGCUCUACCCACCAAAGCUGGACAGUAAAGCAGAAUCGGAGCUGAAGGGAGAGGAUGAGGAUGACUAUGCCAUGAAUUCAGAAAGCUACUUAGAGAAACUGUCAGCUCUGAGUGCCAGCCUGGCGCGGGUGGUUUCUACUGCAGAGGAGGAGGAGGCUGAACUUGACCAGUUUCCUGUUGAUGGGGAGGACAUGGAAAAGAUGGAGGCCAGAGAAAAGGAACAGAAACAGCAGGAAGCUCAGAAAAAGCUUUUUGAAGGGCUCAAGUUCUUCCUCAACAGAGAAGUGCCCAGAGAGUCACUGGCUUUUCUCAUUAGGUGUUUUGGUGGUGAGGUGUCCUGGGACAAGUCUGUUUUCAUUGGUAGCACAUACGAGGUGACAGAUGAGACCAUCACGCAUCAAAUUGUUGACAGACCCAACAUUGACAAACAGUAUAUCAACAGGUACUACAUCCAGCCCCAGUGGGUGUAUGAUUGUGUCAAUGCCAAAAUCCUCUUGCCGGUGGAGGACUACUUCCUUGGAGUGACUCUGCCUCCCCACCUCUCUCCCUUCGUGGAGGAGAAGGACGGAGACUACGUGCCCCCUGAAAAACUAAAGAUCAUGGCCUUACAACGAGGAGAAAAACCUGCCCUUGAACAGGAGGAAGAGGACGAGGAACAAGAGGAUGAGGAACAAGAAGAAGACGAGGAGGGUGAGGAUGAAGAGGAGGAUGAAGAAGAGGCAGAAGAGAAGAAUCUUAAGAAGAUGGAAGAACAAAGAUCCCAGGGCAAGUCUCUGCAAGUCAAAGUGACGCCUGGGAAACUGAAGGUCGAAAACCCAGCACGCUUGGAGCAGGAGGAGAAAGCAGAGGAGAAACGCCUGGCUAUUAUGAUGAUGAAGAAAAAGGAAAAAUACCUCUACGACAAGAUCAUGUUUGGAAAGAAGAGAAAAGUCCGAGAGGCUAACAAGCUUGCUGCCAAGAGGAAGGCCCAUGAUGAUGCUGAAAAAUCAAAGAAGAAAAAGACCAGAAAAUGACUCAUCUGAUGAUGUAUUUGUUAGUGUAUUACAGGUUGCCAUGUCAUAAAACCUGUAAGUGCAUUAGAGAGCCCUGUGAGUGAGUUACAUGCAUCUUGACGUGGGUGCAUUGACCUCUGCAUAAUUUCAAACUGAAAUGCAGGAUGUGGCAUAUGCUUAUUGUGUAAUUAUUAAUGUAAAAGUGACUGUUUGCCUUUUAUGUUGUUUGUAUGAACUAUUCUACAUUACACAAGAAAUUUCUUCCACUUUAUUUUAAAAAUCUGUACUUGAAACGGUCUGUAUUUUGAAGUAUAAACACAACGUAUUAAGCCUG